AUGGCUGCUAGAUGCGUGGAGUGCAUCAAGGUCCCGCCUGGAGGCAAACCAGAGGUGCGGGAUCGAAUCCUGCUGCCAGCGUUAAUUGUCUCCUUGUCCUCCACGCUUGUUCUCCCCCCUGCUCUUACUCCCCCACGUGCUCCUUAUGCGUCCCCGCCCCUUCAUGCCUCCCACCCCCGUUCCUGCCUUCCUCCCACUCUCUUGCCUCCCCUCUUACUAUGCCAUUCCCCUCUCCAGACUGGGUGUUCACAUAGGACUAUGUACUGGGUGUUCACAUACGACUAUGUGUACGGAGGGACGGGCCCGCCCAUGUCGCAGCUCUUUGCCGACUGCAUCAUGCCCCUCGUGCACGGGCUAUUUGAUGGUUACAACGCCACCGUUUUUGCAUACGGGCAGACCGGGUCAGGCAAGACGUACACCAUGGCCACGGCUCUCCAGAGCACGGCUGCUGCUCGAAGCAAGACGUACACCAUGGGCACAGCUCUUCAGAGCACGGCUGCUGCUGCUGAGACAGACAGCAGCGGUGCAGCUACCAGCACCAGUGGUGGUGGUGCCAGCACUGGCAAGGACGAGAGUCUGAAUAGCAGCGACAGUAUGAGUGGCAGCCCCAACAAGUUCAAUAGCAGCACUGGGAGCAGUGGGAGCAGUGGCAGCGGCAGCGGUGAGAGGAGGGAGGGGAGGAGCACCACAAGUGGCAGUGCAUUGGGGGCUGUGAGUCCAGCGUCGGUGGAGAAGGAAGGAGGGGUGGCGAGGCGGGUGGUGAACUCCCUCUUCCAACAUGUAGAGGACCUCGCCCACUGCUCUCGCUUCCAGAUCCGAGUCUCUCUCAUAGAGAUCCACAAGGACGAUAUACACGACCUUCUAGAGUUCCUCGCUGCUCCCUUCCCCACCUCCACCCCCUCCUCCGCCUCGCCCGCCACCGUCGCUGCCCUUGCUGCUGCCGCUGCUGCGGCCCGAGCCUCCCCUUCAGGGCCGGCGCCCCUAGGCCCGGCGCCGCCGCCUCGGCAGACUGUGGCGAUCCGGGAGCUGCCGGGAGGGGUGUCCCUCACAGGGGUUACAGAGCAGGUGGUUACCACACGGGACGAGGCUAUAGCGUGCUUGGAGCAUGGGCUGCUGUUCCGGGCGACAGGCAGUCACAACCUGAACCAGCGGUCCAGUCGUUCCCACGCCAUAUUCACAAUAUUCGUGGAUCAGUUCAGGCGACGAGCAGUCCCACUGGAUCCCACCUCUCGUCUCUCCACCAGCAUGACAACCGCCACGAGUACUUACCUAAGCGCCAGCACCAGUGGCACUUCCAGCAGCAGUGGGAGAGCUUCGCUUGAAAGCGGAGAUGGGGCGGGGAAAGCCGACGGGAUGGCGCUGUUCGGGCAGGACGAAAAUGCUUUGUUUGGGGUCGGGCGGAUGGAUGAGGAGCAUCUGUGUGCGAAAAUGCAUCUGGUGGACUUGGCGGGCAGCGAACGAAUCAAACGCACCAAGGCAGAGGGUGCUCGGCUGAAGGAAGGCAUUCACAUCAACAGGGGUCUCCUGGCCUUAGGCAACGUGAUCAGUGCGCUCAGCAGCGAUGAGAAGAGGAGGAAGGAUGCAGGGGGGGGAGGAGGUGCAGGGUUUACAGCAGCGUUGAUCCCGGUGCACGUUCCGUAUCGAGAUAGCAAGCUGACGCGGCUGCUGCAGGACUCCCUCGGAGGCAACAGUCGCACUGUCAUGAUAGCCUGCGUGAGCCCCACGGAUUCAAACGUAGAGGAGAGUCUCAACACCCUUCGCUAUGCCAACCGUGCGCGCAACAUCUGCAACCGACCCACGGUGAACCGGCUGGGCACGGUGGAUGCAGAGGAGGUGCGGCGGCUGAGGCACCACGUUUCGCUGCUGCAGGCUGAACUAGCUAGAGUGCCGCCCCCUCUGCCCAUCACAGCAGAGGAGUUGCAGAAUCUGGCAUCUCUCGAGGAGGCCAACACGCAGUUAAAGGCGUCACUAGAAAGCACCCAGUUAGACCUGCAGUCGACCCAGCAGGCCCUUGACGCAACAAAGCUAUCCUUGGAAUCCGAGAGGCAACGGGCGGAUGAAAGCGAGGCGGCGUGCGCUGCUCUGCGUGCUGACUGUGCGGCGCUGCGCGCUGACCUGGACAGCGCCACGUCGGAGAUCGCGCGGCUGAGCGCUGAGCUGGCAGCGGCAAAGGAGGAGUCAGCAAAAGCAAAGGAGCAAGUGAAUGCUUUGAGAAAGUCCCAUGAGAAAACCGGCCGUGGGUAUGGAGCUGGUGGCGCUGCUGCUGGUGCUGGUGCUGGUGCUGGUGCUGGGGCUGGUGCUGGUGCUGGUGCUGGUAGCUUUGGCAGCAGUGGUGUUAGAAGGCAGUCGGGCGGAGGUGGGGGAACAGCAGCCUUUGGAGCGGCACGAACGGACGAGAUCAAGCGAGUGAAGAGAGAGGCAGAUAGGGCCGUGGCUGAGGCGACUAAGAGGGCAGAGAGGGAGAGUAAGAAGGCGGAAGAGGCUAUUGCUCGAGCUAGGAAGGCUUUGGAGAGAGCAGUAGAGGCAGAGAAGCGAGCACCUGAGGCAGAGAGACGGGCGGCAGAAGCAGAGAGGAGAGUAGCGGAAGCUGAGAAGAAAGCAGCAGGGGCAGAGAGACGGGCAGCAGAGGCGGAGGAGAAAAGGGAGAGCGAGAUGCGACGGGCAGAUGGUAGUGUUGAGCGCUUGGGUUUGGCAGAGGUUCGGACUGCUGAGGCUGAGGCGGAGAUUCGGGCGCUUCGCUCGGAGCUAGCCUCGGCGGCUGCUGAGGCAAUGGCGGCUGCUGUGGCCCGGCAAGCCUCGGAGCAGGAGCAGGUGAGGGUGGUUCGGAUGCAGAUUGCCGAGGCUGAGCAGGAGGCUCGGACGAGUAUUGCAGAGAUGGAAAAGAGGUUCGGGAAGGAGCGGGAAGAGUAUGAGAGGCGGAUUGAAGCUGAGAGGCAGCAGUGGGAGAAGGAGAAGAGCUCGUGGGAGGAGGAAGGGAGGGCGAGGGAUAGACGGGUGGCGCAUGAACGUUAUAGCUGGAAUCAAGAGUUGACAGCAGAAGUGGAAAAACGGGAGAGGAACUGGGCAGGGGAACGGGAGAUGUGGGAGAGGAGUCUUAGAGAGGAAGGGGAGGUUUGGGAAGGAAGGCUGAAAGAGGUACGGGACGCAUGGGAAGCAAAACUAAAAGAGGAAGCGGAGGCAUGGGAGAAAAAGCUCGCAGCAGCUGAAGAGAAAGCAGAGAAAGCAGCAGGGGUUGCGGAGAGAAUCAGGGCGGAGGUUGAAAGGGCGGAGGAGCAGGCAGUGGCAGGCAUGCUGCAGGAAAAGAGGCUUGCAGAAGAGAGAGCUUUUGCUGCUGAACGGGCCUUGGCAGGGGAGAAAGCGAUGCUGGAAAGGAGAAUGGCGGAUCUGAGGGCUGAGGUGAGAAAGGCAGCAAAGGAGGAAGAGGCGGAGUGGCUGGGGUUGGUGACUUCUGAAGCUGAGCGGUUGAGUGAGGAGUGUAAUGCGUUGAAGGGCGAGUGUGGGGAGUUGAGGAGGGAGUGUGAGGGGUUGAGGAGGAAGGAGAGGGAGGAGAGGGAGAGGAGGGAGCGGGAGGAGGCGAGGGCUGUGAGAGCCGAGGCUGCUGCUGCCGAAGCUGAGGCUCGCGUGGCUCGGGAGGUGGAGAGCGUGCAAGAGCAGGCUCGGGAAAAGGCUCGGAAAGAGGCAGAGAAAAUGGAGAGUGAGUUAGCGGAGGUUUGGGCGCAAGCAGAGGUGGAAGCAAAGAAGGCAGAAGAUGCAACGGAGAGGGUGAAAGAAGCAGAGGAGCAGGUGGUUAUACUGAAGGUAAAGAUUGAAGGGUUAAGGGAAGAGUUGAACGAGCUUGAAGCUGUUCUAAAGGAGGAGGAACAGAAGGCGGAGGAAGCAGAGAAGCUGCUGGUUCGGGCCCGAGCCAAGCUUGCCGAAGCUGAGGCUCGGGCCGAAGCUGCUGAGGGCAGAGUGGAGGAGUUAGACGGGGAGGUGGAGAGGGCGAGAGAAGCAGAAGAGGUGGUUCGGAUGGAGUGUGAAGCUUUGAGAGAGUGUGUGCGAGCGGCAGGGGAGAGAGUAGAGGUAGUGACUGAGAGCGUGAGGAGGAGUGAGAGAGCUGCGGAGGAAGCAGAGGAGAGGGCGAGAGGAGCAAAGGAGGAGCAGAGGAAGGCAGAGGGGAAAGCGAGUGAGGCGUUGGCAGCAGUGGAUGAGGCAGAAGAGAGGGCGAGAGUUGCUGUGAGGGAGAGGGAGGAGGCGGAGAAGAGAGCAGAGGAGGCGAGGGGGAGGGCUGCAGAGGCUGAGAGGAAGGCUGCUGCUGCUGGAGCAGCGCUAGUGGAAGCCGAGGAACGGAUGAGGGAUAUGGGAAGGAAGGAGGAGGAGACGGAGGAGGAGGAGGGGGAGGGGGAGAUGCGGGGGAAACGGGAGGAGAGAGGGGGAAAAGCGGAAGAGAAGCUGGGACUGAGGAGAUCAUGGAAGGGAGGGGAGGUGGAGGAGGUGGUGGUGGCUUUGGUGUGUGAGAUGCUAGAUGAUGCGAUGUUGAGGGUGAAUAAUGCACAGGAGAAUGAGCAACAGUCUGGGGGAGAGAAGCAGCAGGGGGGUGCUUGUUUGCGUGCGGUGGUGUGUGAGGCCCAGGAUGAACCGCAGGAUGAACCGCAAAACGAGCUCCAGAAUAAUCCGCAGGGUGAACCACGGACUGAACUUCGGAAUGAAACGCAGGAUGAACCAGCGCAGAUUGGACUUCAGAAUGGGGUGCCAGCAGGGAGCGUGUGGCUGAAUAGGCAGGGGGAGGUAGAGGCGAUGGUGGUGGGCCUAGUGGGACAGGUUUUAGAUAGCACAAUGCUGAUUCUGCAGGCUGAGGAUCAGGCUCGGGAACAGGCUCGGGAGCAGGCUCGGGAACAGGUCUGGGAACAGGUUUGGGAACAGGCUUGGAAGCAGGCUCGGUAUCAGUCGCAGGUGCAGCUUUUCAGGGCAGAGGAGAAGGCAACUGAGGCAGCGGAGCAGGUUCGGGGACUGGAGCAGCAGCUGAUCAAAGCAGAGGAGCAGGUUCGGCAGACUGAGGGGGAGAUUGUAGCGCUCAAGGCUGAGCUGGCGAGUAAGGUGGCUGAGCUGGAUGCUAAGGUUGCUGAGCUGGCAAGGGCUGUGGAGGAGAAGGAGAGAGGGAGAGGUGAGGUGGAGGCAAUGAGAAUUGGACUAGAGGACUUGCGGGGGAGGCUGCGAGUGAGGGAGGAGGAGAAGGGCCAUGCGGAGGAGCAUUUAGAAUGGCUUAUGAAGGAGCUGGCAGAAGAGAUGGCGGAGAGAGAGGGUGAGAGAAGGGUAGUGAAUGCGAUAAGAGAGGAGGUUAGGAGAUUGCGAGGGAAGGUGCGGGAAGGUGAAGAGGCAAGGAGGCAGGCGGAGGGGCGUGUGGAGAGGCUUAUGAGAGAAUUGGCUGAAGCAGUGGAGGAGAGGGAGAGGGGGAGAGGGGAGGUGAAUGCGGUACGAGAGGAGGUGAAGGGGUUGAGAGGGAUGUUGAGGGAUGGGGAGGAGGAGAGGAGGCAAUUGGAGGAGCAUGUGGAAUGGUUGAUGAAAGAGUUGGCUGAGGUGGUGGUUGAAAAGGAGAGGGGUGAGAGGGAGAGGCGAGAAGAGGAGGUGGAACGGGGUGAGAAGGAGGAAAAGAAAGCAGAGGCAGAGACAGAUAUAACAGAGGGAGACACUGGGUCAGGGGAAGAGGAUGGGAUCUCAGCACAAGCAGAAGUGGAAAGAGAAGAAGACCGCAUAGUAGAAGCAGGAAACGGGGGAGAGGCAGGCCCAGACGGGGGAGAGGCAGGCCCAGACGGGGGAGAGGCAGGCCCAGACGGGGGAGAGGCAGGCCCAGAAACCGGGGCAGGGGCAGGAGAAGGGAUGGGUGAAGAAGCAACAUUGGAGGCGUGUGUAAAGUGGUGUGUGGAAGUGGGUGAGGAGGCAUGUGAGGAGGGGGGGGAGGAGGCGGGUGAGGAGGUGAUCUCUACCUUGCAAUCUCAAGGCCCCGUUGCAACUCCUGUCAAGAACCAAGGAGAAGAAUCUCCUUUCGUAACUCCCACCGCCUCCCCCACUGCCUCACCCUCUCCCUCUCCCUCCACUCGCCCUCUCUCGCUGCACCUGACCACUUCGCCUGCUUGCCCAGUAAUAAACGCUGGUGAUGUCAUUCCCGCCUGCCCCCUGCCUGAAACAGCCAGUGGCGAUGACAACACCACCACUGCUUCCCCCCUACCUGCAACAUCGUGCAUGGACCAGCCAUGGAAUCCGUUUUUCACUGGCCUACCUGACGCCCCAACUGAUGCCUCGCCUGAUACCCCACUUGCUGCUGCCAUCGACGUGGUUACAGCAGCACCAGCAGCAGCAAGCCUGGGGUUCUCUCCCUACAAUCCUUUCCUGGAUAGUAUCGAGGAGCCCUUACAGCAGGAACACAGUUACAGUACUGAAGAACCCUUAUUGAAACAAGGGCCCAUUCAGCCAGAAGAGAUGACCUUUGAGUGGCCCGAAAAGCCAUUCCUGCCUAGCUUGAAAGAACCCGUGUUUUCAUUCAUCCCAGUUUGGGAACCCAAUGGUGAUCCAGAGGACUUGGUUCAGGAAGCCUUACAGGGAAGCGAGGGCAGUACUGAGAUGCCCAAGCAGUCUCUGACCGCUGACCGUGACCAUGGCAGCAGGUGCAUUCCUCGUUCCAACAGCAACCCUUUCCUGUGCUCUUGGGCGGAGCUUGAAGGGGAGGGGGGGGAGACCUGUGGAGAGGAGGGGAUUAGUGCGCAGGAGGAGGGAGGAAGUGGCGAAAAGGGGUUCACUCUUAGCAGCAGUAGUUCCGCUGUCACCACUGUUGGGAGCAAGGCUGGUAGCUCAACGGCAGGAGUGACUGCUGGCACCACUUCUAGUGCCACUGGUGCUAGCACCACUGCUGGCACCACCACUGUUACCACUACUACUGCUAGCUCCACUGCCGGCACCGCAAGUGCUUGCAGCAAGACUGGAGGCUUCGUGCGUCUCCCAAGCUCCCCACGCCUCUCCUCCUCUCGGGCCCCUCCUGCCCUCGCUGCUCGCUCCAUUCUCUCCCACACCAAGCCCCUCCCUCUCUCGCACUUUCCUGCUGCUGCUGACCCGCUGAUUGCGGCAGCUGUGGCAGCCGCUGCUGCCUCUGCUGCCGGUGCUGGUGCCGGUGCCGCUCGUGCUGCUACUUCUGCUGCUGAAUUCGAUGGGAACGAAGAGAUGGCGGCGGCAGCAGCACAGAGAGGAGCACAGACAGCAGCACCAUCAGCACAGGCAGUAGUAGCACAGGCAGAAGCACAGGCAGCAGCACAGGCAGCAGCAGGGGGAUCAGCACAGGAAGCAGAAGUGGUGCUCCCAGCUUCGAUGGUUUCAGCCGCUAAGAUUGCUGGCCUUGGGGGUGCGUUUGUAUCGUCAGGAGGAGUGGGAGCACUGGGAGAAAUGGGUGGAGUAGGAAGGGUGGGUAACGCAGGGAUUUCCCUUGGGGCGUGCUCUGUUUUAAGUGCUGGUAUCGGCGUAAACACCAAUCAGCAAUCACGGGGUCACAUGGGAAUGGGAAAUAUGAGAGGUGCUUAUGUGAGUGGGCAGAUUGAGGAGGUGGUGGAGCUGGUGGAGGAAGAGGAGGGGACUGAGGAGGGUGAGGAAGAGGAGGUCGAGGAGGAAGAGGAGGUCGAGGAGGUAGAGGAGAUAGAGGAGGUAGAUGAGGUGGAGGAGGAGGAGGAGGAGGAAGAGGAGGGAGAGGAAGAGGAAGAGGAGGAGGAAGAGGAAGAGGAGGAAGAAGAGGACGAGGAGGAGGUGGGAGAGGAGGAAGAGGAGGAAGAAAGGGAAUCAAGGGGUGAGGCCACAGAAAAAGGGACCAAGUUUGAAAAUAAAUGCGAUAUGAACACCGGCAGUACCAACAACAGCAGUAGCAGCAGCAGUCGGGGAAGAAUGGCUCCUGGAGCAGUGGCAUCGGCAGCAGCGAUGCUGUCCCGCCUGCGAGGGUCUGUUAAGAUGGGGCAGAGCUUCAGACGCCGCCAGAUCUUGCCAUCCAAACCUAAAGCAGCACUGACAGAGGGAGAAGCAAUUGUUGCAGAAGGAGAACGGUGGGCAGGAGAAUGGGGUACAGCGGCGGUGGUUUCAGGGAGCAGCAGUGGGGAGGGCAGUGGUGAAAGAGGAGAGGACGUAGAGGCAGCUAACCAGGGGACAGGACACUUGGAUGAGGGUGGUGUGAGCGCUUGGGGGCAAGGCAGCAGUGGUGAGGACGGGGGGGGUAACGGUCACACAAUGUUUGAGCCGUUUAGUGACCUGCAUGCACCACCGGCCUUCCCAGACCACCUGGACUUGAACACAGGGAUGGAGGAGGCUGGCGCUGAAGAUUCCCACAGCAGGCGUCGCAGCAUUGUCAGCAGCCUCCUCAUGCGGAAGAGUGGUGGUGGAGGAGGGGGGGGAGGGCAUGGCACACACCAUGACUUUCGGAAGAGCGGGGAGAUCUACAGCUUGGAGUCAGGGGCCAUGGCUGGUGCGGAGGAGUUUAGUGCAUGGAUUGACACGAAGACUGAUGCCGAAGACGGUGCAUGCGAGUUAGGAGAAGCAGGACGAGCAGGGAGAAAGAAGGGAUUCAGCCUGAAGAGUGUUCUUUCGUCGAAGACGUCCAUGAGUUACACGAGCUGA